AUGUUCAUUCCUAAUGACAGAGCAUCGGUGUUACAACUUCCCAAGCAUGGAAAAGAUUCAAUUGAAGCAGAUAUCAGAUCGAUUGUAGUCAACCGAGACAGGAGGCUGAUAGCUGUUGCAACAAAUGAUGCCAUUUAUAUAUGGCUUGCAAAUGUGCUCAUUAUUUUUUCUAUCGUGGUCCAAUCGUUGUUUUUUCAGCCACAACUUCUUCUUUGUUCUAUUGGUGUCAUUGAUCAAACAUUCAGGGAAACAUCUGGAGAGCUGAAAGAUGUUUAUUGGAAACCUGAUUCAAGUAGUAUUGCAGUAACAGUGAGUAAACCAAUUUAUCAAUUGUUUUUCAACUCUUUUUCACUUUUUCAGACUAAUCAAAAUAAAAUUCUAAUCUACAAACUUGAGUUACAAGAAGAUGAGCAAUGCUAUAACUUCACUGAUUCUGCCGACCCUUAUUUUCAACGAAACUCUCCGGAACUUUUCAUCAAAGGAAACCGGCCUAUUGCCCAUCUCCACCCUACAAUAAUCAUCAAUUUAGCUGAUGUGCCCACUUGCUGCGUCCCUUCUCGUGACGAGUUUCUCGUCUGUAUUCGGAAUGGAUUCACUCACCAUGUGACCUGGAAUGGGGAAAUAUUAUCAAGCCUUUCUUUCCGAGCCAGCGCCAUCCCGUUUUCAGUAGACCAGCUACAAUCGAAGUCUGAAAAUGUUACAUCUAAAUCCACGUUUAUCAUUGACGCUGUCUAUGCACCACUUCUUGGAGGGUUCGCAAUCGUUUUAUCAGAUGGAAAAGGGGCUCUACUCACUUCGAACGAUCCAAACUUUUCGCCAAAUGCCAUAUUAGGAGUAUGGGCACCGAAUCUGAAGGAUGCUACGUGUUGCGAUGUUAACCACAAGUUUCUAUUAGUUCUUUUUGGGUGCAAGAACGGUGAUGUCUGUGCUUACAACAUUGAUGAAUUGAAUGGGUCACUGAUUCAAUCGUUCCGUGUAGCACCGAAAGUAACUAAUGGACCUGAUUUAACAAAUCGAUUGGGGCCGGUUCAUAAAAUAACUGCUCUAAUGAAUGGAUUUGGAUUUGCAGCGAUUUGGGCACCAAAAACAGAAGAUGAAAAACCAAUUCGAGAUGCUCUUCCUCGCCUGGUUACAGUAUUUACAUCUUUUGGAGCACAAUCGUUCUGUAACCUAGAAGGCGUUAUAGAAGAAAAUCUAGCAGAAAAUGACGAAAAUAAUAUGUAUACGGCUAUCGAAUGGGGUCCAGAAGGAUUUCAAUUAUGGCUUGGGACGAAGAAUGAGUUGAUGAUGCAGCCGUUUGUGAGGAGCGCUUCCUGUGCGAACCCAAUUAUGGAACAUUGUGAUCGUGCAGUUUUAAUGAGCGAUUCACAGGUUCUGAUCAGUGCGGCAAGAGAAAGGGAAGCGGAAGCUUGUGCGCCUCAUUCAGUAUGGAAUCAUGUUGAUGUCACCCAUGAAUAUCUAUCCUCAAAUUGGCCGUUAAGAUAUGCAUCCACCGAUCGUCACUAUAAGCAUCUCGUUGUAGCUGGUGAUCAGGGAUUUGCCUAUUGCUCCUUGUCGAAUAGACGGUGGAAAAUUUUUGGUAACGAGACGCAGGAGAAGAAUCUUCUGGUGACGGGUGGUGUGUUCAUCUGGAACGACGACGUCGUCGGAGUAGUCGGUGUUUCUGCAGACACUGACAAGUCUCAUCUCUCAUUUUAUCCAAUUUCACAACGUCUAGACAAUCGUUUCGCAUCUGUCAUCGAUCUAGAGCACAAAUCGGUCAUGUCUGCACUGCGAGACGAUGUUUGCGCAAUGUUCGACAUUUCGGCUCAGAUCACUCUCUACAAACUAACGGCUCAUUUAGAAACGGGACGAGAUGGAUUCACAAAAGUAUCCGCCGACAUUGUCACCGUCAUUCGAAUAAACGAAAUUGUUCCUCAUCCAACAUGCAUCGUGUCUCUCCAGAUGACUCAGUUGAAUCUGGAUCAGCGUGGAAAACUGGCACCGGCAUUUUAUUCAAGUAUAGACACAGUUCUCGUGAACAUAUCAGGACGAUUGAUAACUCUAAGUCUCAAUGAGGAAGGAAAGUUGCAUCAACCGAUGGUAAUAGCUUCGUAUGUCGAAAAAAUGUGGCACGACCGGUGCAUUGUUGCUCAAUCUGCACAAAGUUUGGAGCCAGUCUGGAACGGUCAUCGAAGAAACGGAUCAAAUGUUUCCAUACAUAGUGUUUCGACCACAUCUGAGCCUUCAUCACCAAUGAAUCAAUCUUGUUCUUCCCAUCUGAGCAAUGCUCUUUGGAUAGCUUGUGGAGAGAAAGGAAUCAAGGUGUGGAUGCCAUUAGUUCCAGGGAAGAGAAACCUGGCAACUCAAGAGAUGACAUUCAUUGCAAAAAGGAUCAUGCUUCCAUUCGAAUUGGACAUUUAUCCUGUUGUAAUCAGCGCGAAAGAUUGUCUAGCGAUGGGUGUAGAGAGCCAGCUUCAACAUGUUGCUCGAGCAUCUAGGAGUCAAGGAAAAAUGGAGUGUGUUACGAUGUAUGGAUUGCAUAGGAAUAGUGAAGUUUUCGUGCAUCAUCUACUCCGACAACUUUUGAAGCGAAAUCUCGGAGUUUUUGCAUUGGAGCUCGCUGGUGCUUGUCGCUCACUUCCCCAUUUUACCCAUGCACUUGAACUUCUGCUGCACGGAGUUCUCGAAGAGGAAGCUACCAGCAGUGAGCCUAUACCCGACCCACUCCUACCACGUUGCGUUGCCUUCAUUCACGAGUUCCCAGAAUUCUUAAAAACCGUUGCUCAUUGUGCUCGAAAAACAGAACUGGCUCUUUGGCGGACGUUGUUCGAUGUAACAGGAUCACCUAACGCACUUUUUGAAGAAUGUCUGCAAAUAAAGCAACUGGAAAACGCAGCAAGUUUUGUGAUAGUUUUGCAAAAUUUAGAGACAACAGAAGUCAGCAUGGACCAAGCUGCACGACUAGUGAAAGAAGCAUUGAAGGAGAAAAAAUGGACGAUUGCAAAGGAAAUGGUUCGAUUCGCAGGAUCUAUUGGAGCUGAAGAUAUCGACGCAUUGUAUAUGAUCUUUAAAUAUUUUGAUUUCAGGACACCACCUCCUAGUGCUAAAACAUCUCUUUCCCGAAGACCGACAGUUUCCUCGCCAACAACUGAUUCUUCAACAGAAUUUUUUAUAAAUCGAUUCCAAGCGGGAGCUGCUGCCAGACUAAACAAAGUUAGGCAUUCUCAAAGUACUGACCAGAAGGAUCCACCAAGAAAAGAUUCUUUCGGAAGCUCCAAAGAGAAAACGGCGCUUUCUAGGGGGUUGUCUGGUGAAUUAUCGCCCCAGUUGACUGUAAAUCGUCUCGCUGCAAGGAUGACUACAAUUCUAGAAGAACACGCGUGGCAUCUAUUGAACAACUACUGGAUUGCAGAUCUAGGUAUAAGACAGAUCUGGAUGGUUUUGAUGAGAUUAAUAAAUUCAGGUUUCUUCUGGUCUGAAAUUCAAUUCGAUUUACCUGAAUUAUUGGAGACUCGUCGCAAACAAAUUUCUCUUCAAUCAAAAUCUACUAACGAUAAAUGCUAUUUGAUUGAAGAUUUUCCACUAGCAUUAACUAGAUUGCACGCUCAAUUUUCGUGGCCAUACCCUGUCAUCGGCUCCCAGUUUGUUCACCAAAUCGAAAAGAAACUUGGAAAUAUCAGAGUCAGUCAGAGUACUGCAAGUUUGAAUGGUCUCAUCGGUAACGAACCAGCAGAGGCAGUUGUGAAGUCAAAAGUGAGAAGAACCGAGAAAACAGUGGUAGAUUUGAAUGGUGCGAGGCCUAUCCGAGAAACGGAUAAUGAAACGAGCGAAGAAGACGUAGAGAUUCAAGAAGCUGUUAUGGAAAGAGUACGCGGAAGUACUGUAGAGUUUGCGCCGGUGCUUGACAGAUCUCCGUCCACGUCUUCGUCUAUGAAUCCUCUUGCGGCACCUCAUGGCCCACCAACUCCAUCUUCAUGUGACUCUCGUAGUUUAGCUGGUGAUUGGCAGAAUACCGAUUUUCUCGUUGGAGAGAAAUCGUCUCGUGGAAAUGUUCAAAGCAGUCGACAAAUUGAACUGAUGCUUUAUCUUUUCUCGCAAACGGCUGCACUUGAUUGGAUAUUCUUGCUGUGCCUUUUGAGUCGUGAUGAACGAAAACUACGUCAAGAAGUGACUAUGGCAGUGGUAAAACGGGCUGGAGAGAAAACUGUCGCAAGAAUCCGGUUUGCUUGCACAGAACUGGGAAGAUGGGCAGUGGAAAAGUGUUGUGGAUACGUCGCCCUAUUGCAAGCAUUCGAUGCACAUUUAGCAAUAGUGGCAGAACAAGCUGGAAUCGCUGAUGUGAAAUAUGUACCGGAUCGAGACAAACACAACAUUUCCCUGAAGGCGAAGGCAGAAGAAAGAGGAAGAAAACAAACUGAUUCUGUAGGUGUGAAGCUCAAUAAUUCUCAGAAGGUAAUUCAGUAUUUAAAUUUCUUGAUUAUUUUAGAAAUUUCCAGAUAUGACGACGUGGUUUGUGCGGAAGAUGCUCUCGAAAAAGCCAACGAAGAAGGAUGCUCCAUCAUGUAA